AGCUAGCCGGCGAUCAAAUCGAAACCCCAUUUCCACUCUAAUGAAAUCUUAGUCGCCUCAUCUGCUCCCGAGAGAGCGCCAAGGCUACUGCUUCUGCCGUAUUCUUCGCCGCCGAUUCCCGCGCCGUAUUCAUGGCCGUUAAAUCGGUCCCGAACUCGUUUACUCUUCCGUUGAUUUCUUUCUUGCUGCUGCUCUUGACUCGCUCUGACUCGGCGCCUCAACCCUUCAGGAGAGACCCAGGCCAUCCGCAAUGGCACCAUGGCGCCUUCCACGAUGUCAGAGAGAGCGUCCGAUCCGACGUCCGCCACAUGCUUCACACUCGCGCCGAGGUUCCGUUUCAGGUCCCACUGGAGGUGAACGUCGUUCUCGUCGGUUUCAAUGGCGACGGAGGAUACCGGUACAGCUUGGACGUGCAGAAACUGGAAGAGUUUUUGAAACUCAGCUUUCCGACUCAUAGACCUUCCUGCUUAGAGACCGGAGAGCUUCUCGAUAUCGAGCAUCACCUCAUCUACAAUGUCUUCCCUGCUGGGCAGCCGGAGAUGAUUGCUCUGGAGAAGGCAUUGAAAGAGGCCAUGGUUCCUGCAGGAACUGCUCGAGAGACUGAUUUUGGAAGAGAGGUCCCGUUGUUUGAAGUGGAGGCGACUGCUGUGGAGCCUAUAUUUCACAAAUUCUAUUCCUACAUUUUUGACACUGAUACCAUGGGGUUCGCACAACAUACAGAGCCUGAUAGGCCCAAUCCUGCUUCUAUCUUUGUCGUUAACUUUGACAAGGUCAGAAUGGAUCCUAGGAACAAGGAGGUUGAUCUUGAUAAAUUGAUGUUUAACACAAUUGAUCAGCUGUCUGAAGAAGAUAUGAAGAAACAAGAGGGUGAUUACAUUUAUAGGUAUCGGUAUAAUGGAGGGGGUGCAACACAAGUUUGGUUGAGCUCAGACAGGUUUGUAGUGAUUGACUUGUCAGCUGGUCCUUGUACAUAUGGCAAGAUUGAAACAGAAGAGGGAAGCGUCAGUACUAGAACAAUGCCUCGGAUUAGGAAUGUGGUACUUUCAAAAGGAUAGGCACCAUCAGUGAUCAUUCUAGUCAUGAGAUUUUUGUUGGGCAUCUUUCUUCUCUGAUAUCAACCACAGUUGAGCAUGUUGUAGCUCCAGACGUCAGGUUUGAGUCUGCUGAUCUGACAACAAGGUUGCUUAUACCAAUCAUUGUACUUCAGAACCAUAAUAGAUACAAUAUCAUGCAAGCUGGCCAUAACUACAGCAUAGACACAACUGAGAUUGAGUCAGAGCUGAGGAAGAUGGUUCACAAUGAGCAAGAGGUUGUAGUUAUUGGUGGUUCACAUGCAUUACAUCGACACGAAAAGUUGGCCAUUGCUGUUUCCAAAGCAAUGCGUGGUCAUUCACUACAGGAGACUAGAAAGGAUGGACGCUUCCAUGUUCACACCAAGACAUAUCUGGAUGGUGCUAUGCUCAAAGAAGAGAUGGGUUGUAUUAACCAUGGUCAGGACCCAUAUGCUCCAUGGACUUUAAAUUGUUCUUGACACUGCCUCAUUACAGGAGAUGGAGCGGUCUGCUGAUGUGCUUGCCGCUGGUUUACUCGAGGUGGCUGACCCCUCCCUGUCUAGUAUAUAUUUCCUCAAACAGCACUGGGAUGACGAAUCUGAUGGCUCUACUGAUUCCAUUCUUAAACAUAAACCUCUAUGGGCUGGUUACGAAUUUAACCGUGGCAAGAGAAAGGAGAAGAAGCAAGGAGAUAUCUAUCGAACUUACGGGACGAGAGUUGUUCCUGUCUUCGUGCUAUCGUUGGCUGAUGUGGAUCCUCAACUUAUGAUGGAGGAAGAGAGCCUCGUUUGGACUAGCAACGAUGUUGUCAUUGUGCUUCAACAUCAAGCCGAUGCAGUACCUCUAAGCUAUGUUUCAGAGAUUGAUAGAAGGACAGCCCUUCCAUCUCUGUCGCAGCGUCACAUAAUGGCUGGCCUCGCAUCCGCCGUGGGUGGGUUGAGUGCCCCAUAUGAGAAGGCGUCCCACGUGCAUGAGAGGCCAGUUGUCAAUUGGCUGCUUGCAGCUGGAUGUCACCCAUUUGGCCCGUUUUCCAACAGUUCUCGCACCAGUAAACUGCUACAAGAUGUUGCAUUGAGGAACACGAUCUAUGCUCGGGUGGAUGCUGCACUUCAUAAGAUCCGUGAUACAUCAGAGAUUGUCCAGGUCUUUGCAUCGGAGCACCUGAAAACCCCGCUGGGGGAGCCUGUGAGAGCCAAGAAGAACAAAACAACUACCGAACUAUGGUUGGAGAAGUUCUACAAGAAAACAACCAACCUGCCUGAACCCUUCCCACAUGAACUGGUUGAACGACUUGAGAAGUACCUCGACAAUCUCGAGGAGCAGCUUGUCGACCUGUCAUCUUUGCUGUACGAUCACCGACUGCAGGAUGCACACUUGAACAGCUCGGAAAUUCUCCAGAGCUCGAUCUUCACGCAACAGUACGUGGAGCAUGUGUUGUCGAGCGAGAAGGAGAAGAUGAAGUGCUGCAAGAUCGAGUACAAGUAUCCGUAUCACUCGUCGCAAACUUACGUCUAUGGAGGGAUCCUUCUGGCUGGGUUCGUAGUGUACUUUCUUGUCAUUUUCUUCUCCAAUCCAGUCCGGUGGGCGGCCCAACUCUGGUGUGCUAGGGCUGGGCCUUCCAGCCCAUCUCUAUUGGUGUGUCACGAUUGCGGAGGGAAGGGACAUCUUCGCCCAAACCACGUACAAUCCUGGACCCGCAUCUCAUCUCGCCCAAUCCUCCCACCCUGCUCAAUCCUCGCAAAAGACAAAAGUGGCUUCUUGACUCCGGUGCCAAUCACCAUCUUACUUCCGAUCUGGUUAAUCUGA